AUGGGCGCGCUGAACAGUAACCUGGUUACCAACUACCACCAGGGCUGGCGGCUGGUAACGGCGAUGUGGUUACACGGCGGCGUGGUGCAUCUCGUGUGUAACCUCCUCGGCAUCGCCUUCCUUCUCAACCGCCUCGAGAAGGAGUUCGGCCUGUGGCGUCCCACGGCCAUCUACCUUCUCAGUGGCGUCUUUGCUGCCGUUUUCUCCUGCCUCUUCCUCAACACACAGAUCAGCGUGGGUGCAUCUGGAGCGUUGUUUGGGCUGGUGGGUGCGUGCCUGUCAGAACUGCUGAUCAACUGGAAGCUCUACGACAACAGGUUCUCAGCCCUGAUGACGCUAAUCAUCCUCAUAGCCAUCAAUCUCGCCAUCGGCCUCAUGCCUUACAUUGACAACUUCGCCCACAUAGGCGGCUGCAUCGCCGGCUUCUUCCUCGGCUUUGCUCUGCUGCUCAAACCCCAACACGGCUUCAUUGACCUCCGAGAUAGCUCUGGCGUGGCGACAGCGACGGCGAUUGCUGUGUCGGGGGGUGAUCCCGUGACUAAGAAGCAUUCUACGUGCCAGGUCUACACGCGGAUUCUCUCCGGGAUAAUCUUCAUGGCUCUCUUCUCGCUCUGCAUGGCGGUGCUAUUCACCAAGGGCAACGUGGCAUCAGACUGCACGUGGUGUCGCUACAUGUCGUGUGUGCCCACGCCCUGGUGGACCUGCGACCCCAAUGCCCCAGGCACACAGGGCCAAGGGCCUGUUUGCCAGGUCCGGUCGUAUCAAAAUGGCACUGGUUACCCCCAGCUUACCCCCUGGUGGGAUACCCCGGGGUCCUUGUCUAGGAGCGAAUCAGGCCACGCCCCCAUCCUGCGGGAGCGAAUCAGACCUCGCCCUCAGGCCCGCUGUAAACGCUUCGAGAAACCGUGA